AUGGAAUAAAAAAAUGAAUUACUUAUGGCUUGCUUAUAUAUUGAUAUAUUCGAAUAGAAGAAACAAAAAGCUAGCAACCAAAGUUGUUAAAGAUUUGUGAAAACAAAAGAAAACAAAUUAACAAUGUAUUGGAUUUGAUAUUGUGAUUUAAUUAUUGGUCUUAUGGAAAUGAAAGCGUGGCUUAUAAUUAUUAGAGAUACGCCAGAAAAAUAUUAAUGAGGCUAUAGGUUUAUUAAAUAAAGUGUACUAUUCUCAUUUAUUAAGCUACACUUGUAAAUAAUAGCCUAAUCCUUACUUACUAUCUAAUUUCAAGCAACAAAUGGUUGAAUAAUUAAAAGCAAUAAACUUCAGUGUUAACUUCAGAGAAAGUAUUAAAUUAAUUAAAAUUAGUUGUAGAAUUUACAACUAGGAAUAUUACUUAAAUUAUUAUUAAUACAACUAAAUUACUAUAAUCAUCAAAUAUAGCUGAAAAAGCAUUAGUAUUUGUAAUUUAAGACAAAAAAAACAACUCCUCAAUUAAGCGUUAUAAAAGCAUAAAUUCCUUUAUUUAAUAAAAGCCAUGCUGA